GAUUACAACAGAUCGAAAUCAGUUUAUUGUGAUAAGCCGAUAAAUUCCUAGUUCACGGCCAAAUCGUCCCCGUUUCCCAAACAUUGAAUGCACGAACUGUCACCGCGUUCGGUAAAUAUUUGACAGCCAACAAUUGUCAUUUCAAUUCAAACUGUCAACUUCGCAGUCGGUCAUUGGACGAGAUGUGAUUUGAACGUGUUGAUUGUAGCUAUAUUUCCUGUUGCUCACGCGCAAUUUGCAUUAAAUCGCGUUUAUUCAAUUACAAAAUAAUCGUGUGAUACACACCGGACCAUGAAUAAGGAGGUGGUUACUGAACGGACGUCAUAAGUCAAAUCAAAGCCGGUUAAAAAAAAAAGUUACAAGUCCGCGGACCGCGCUCGGCCGACUGUGAUUUGCGGAGUGCAAAGUUUUCGCGUAGUGUAUUGUUUUGGAACUUAGUUUAUUUUGAUUUGUGAGGAACUGCAGCUAUGAAGGAACUGAAAAAGGAAGAAACCUCGGACGAUGAGUCCGGUCUGGGAUACCAGAACACUUUGAUGUAUGGUCGCUAUCAACGCGACCUAAGUGAAGCGGCAAGAGAAGAGGCUAGAAGACUCAGAAGACUAAGAAAGAGAAGACGGAAAGAUGACAAGCUGCGGCAGAAGGAGUUGGAGACGGGCAAACAUAGACCUAGGGGGAAAUUUUUUAAAGUAUUAGGUUACGUGUGGAGGCAUACGUUCGCGCGGCUCGGCGAGGACUGGGUGUUCCUGGCGCUUCUCGGCAUCAUCAUGGCGAUACUCAACUUUGCGAUGGACAAAGGCAUCGCUGUUUGUAAUAAUGCUCGAAUGUGGAUGUACAAAGACUUAGCCACGUCUACUUUCAGUCAAUAUGUAGCGUGGGUCUCCCUCCCUGUAUGCUUAAUUCUCUUCGCCGCUGGAUUCGUCCAUAUAGUAGCCGCUCAAAGUAUCGGUUCCGGUAUACCAGAAAUGAAGACAAUAUUAAGAGGUGUUCAUCUGAAAGAGUACCUAACGUUUCGUGCUUUAAUCUCUAAACUCAUUGGUCUCACUGCCACUCUUGGAUCUGGUCUGCCGCUUGGGAAAGAAGGCCCAUCAGUCCACAUAGCGUCAAUGGUAGCCGCAUUGCUGUCCAAACUGGUGACGACCUUCCAAGGCAUCUACAGCAACGAGUCGAGAACUACGGAGAUGUUGGCCGCCGCUUGCGCCGUGGGUGUCGCCUCGUGCUUCGCCGCUCCUGUCGGAGGUGUCUUAUUCUCCAUCGAAGUAACCACCACGUACUUCGCAGUCCGCAACUACUGGCGCGGGUUCUUCGCUGCUUGCUGCAGUGCUAUUAUGUUCCGUCUACUGGCGGUGUGGUCGGGCGCGAUGCCCACGGUCAAGCCACUGUUCCCCACCAACCUGCCUCAGGACUUCCCGUUCGACCCUCAGGAGUUCGCUGUGUUCGUAUUACUGGGUAUCGUGUGUGGAUUGAUGGCAGCGCUGUGGGUGUUCCUACAUCGGCAGUACGUACUGUUCAUGAGAAACACCAAAGUCCUCAGCAAUUUCCUACAGAAAAAUCGCUUCAUCUACCCGGGAUUCAUGACGCUGGCGGUGAUGUCGAUUCUCUUCCCGCCCGGCAUCGGCAAGUACAUGGCGGCCGAUCUGGGCAACCAGGAGCAGGUGUUGUCUCUAUUCGCCAACUUCACCUGGUCGGACAGUCUGACGGCGGAGCAAGCGGCCAUCGUGGACCACUGGCGGACGCCUGAAGUGGACCACUUCGGAUGCCUCAUCAUAUACUUUUUCUCUAUCUUUUUCCUGAGUAUGGUGGCUUGCACGCUACCUGUGCCGGCCGGUAUCUUCGUGCCGGCGUUCAAGAUGGGCGCUUCGCUGGGCAGGUUCACGGGCGAAGUGAUGCACUACUUCUGUCCGCUAGGUGUGGCCUACGGCGGGCACAUACAGAAGAUUCUGCCAGGUGGGUACGCGACGGUGGGCGCGGCCGCUUUCACCGGCGCGGUGACGCACACCGUCUCCACCAUCGUCAUCUGCAUCGAGAUGACGGGACAGGUGACCCACUUGCUGCCAAUCAUGGCAGCAGUUCUGGCAGCCAACGCGACAGCGGCGCUACUGCAGCCCUCGUGCUUCGACAGCAUCAUCCUCAUCAAGAAGCUGCCUUAUCUACCCGACCUACUGUCGUCUGCCAGCCGUAUGUACGACAUAUGCGUGGAGGACUUCAUGAUCCGAGACGUGAAGUACAUCUGGAACCGGAUGACCUUCCAGCAGCUCAAGGACAUCCUCAAGGAGAACAAGACAAUCAAGAGUUUCCCACUAGUGGACAGUCCAUCAUCUAUGGUUCUGCUGGGGUCUAUUCACCGCUGGGAGCUGGUGCGGGUGAUAGAGCAGCAAGUGGGCCGCUCGAGGCGCCUGCAGGUGGCGGCGCUGUGGCAGAGAGAGGCCGAGGCGAGGCGCCGGGACGAAGAGAAGAAGACGAGGCGCCCUUCCCGCUUCGAGGUGACGCCAGCGCCAGACAUGCUGCAAGUUCCCGGCAGUGGAAUGACCCGGGGCAGUUCCCUGACCACACAGGACCAGGGCGGCCUUAUACCAGCCCCUGGACAACUGUUCAGGCCAAAAUCGAUCCUCAAGAAGACAAAUUCGUUCACUUUGACCCGCGGCGGAGGGUUGGUGUCGCCCGGCAGCGGGCCGCAGACCCCCGUGGCACUACACCCCUCCGUUUAUACCACUGUCACCGGCGCGGAGACCAGAAUUCGGGCAGCAUUCGAGGCAAUUUUCAAGAGGUCUACCCUCUUGCCCGAUGUUGAAAGCGGGUUGACUGAACAGUUGGGCGGCUUGCCUCGCAGCCCCUCUAUCAACAAGAAAGUGCAAUUGCCUCGCGAGCGAGUGUGCGACAUGUCUCCAGAAGACCAAAAGGCGUGGGAGCAAAUGGAAAUGGCCAAAGAAAUAGACUUCGACCGGAUGCUGCAGAUCGCGAGAAAACGAGAAAUUCUACAAGACGUGGAUGAUUCGGAGUUCGAAGAUGAAAACCUGUACAUCUGCCACAUCGACCCCGCGCCCUUCCAGCUGGUCGAGCGGACCUCGCUGCUUAAGGUUCAUUCGCUAUUUUCGACCCUGGGCGUGAGUCGCGCGUACGUGACGGCCAUCGGGCGACUGAUAGGCGUGGUGUCUCUCAAAGAGCUCCGCAAGGCGAUAGAGGACGUGAACUCCGGAGCCCUAACCCCCCUGACUAGACCGGAGCCUCCCUCGCUGCCGUCCCCGGUGCUCAUCAAGGUCCCGCGCUCGGAGCCCGCGCCUCCCUCUGACAAAGACACUGACAAACUCACCACACACUGACAAAUCCACAGAAAAAAUAAUGAGACGAAAUAUACAAACGAUAUGAUAAGGAAAGAGACAAAUAUAGGUAACCAGCUGGUGCCCUCAAAUAUGACCGCGAAAGAUAAAUGACGAUUGAUACAGUAUUUUUAAUGUUAGUCACAAUUCUAAACUAAUGCGAGUUUUCUAAAUAAACUCCAUAGAUAAAAAUAUAUUACUAUCAUAUUUAUUAUAUUAAUUAUUGUUAAUUUUUUGUAAAUGUAAGCUAGUUAGUAAAUCAAUUUUUGACAGGAUUUCGCCAUCUUGAAUUUUUUCAAGGUCACAAAGGUUGUGUAUAUAUUUAGCUUUUUUAUUUAUACAUAAAUUAUUAUUAUUACUGUAAUAUAACAUGAAAUAUUUCAAUGUUUUUUUAAAUACAUUUUUUUUUAAUUGAUUUUUAUACAGUACUAGGCAGGAUAUAUUGUACAUCGAUCUUUAGAAAGAGAUAUAUUAGAGAAUAAUUGACAGAGACACCACUCUACAAAGCCGAAAGCUCUUUCUAAAGGUCGAUGUACAAUAUUUUUUGUCAGCUACUGUAGUCAUAUUGUGUUAGACAAAAUAUGAACCACGUGAUGAUUUAAAAUUUAAAUAAAUGAUUAUAUUUUUUGGAAGUAUCUAGACAAGCGGUCGUUUGAUAGUGAAAACUAAGAUUACAAGUUUUUUAUAGCUUUUAAAAUCUGUUUCUUAACGCUAACUAUUAAGGUUCAAUUUUUAAUGGAAUAAUUUCAUUUGAGGCUAAAUACUUUUUUUAAUCAAACGACCGUUUGUGGCUUUCUACACUUCCUUAUUUAAGAACGUGAAAUUGAUUGAUUGAGCGAUUUCCAGCAAUUUUUUUUUCGGUAAGGGGCGUGUUUUGCUGUUAGCAUUUGGUCUAGUUAAAAUCUUAACAGCGAUCUAAAUUUUUUCCAAAAUCGAAGGCUUGUGAUCGAAGAAAUCAUUCCAAAAUGUAUAAAAAAUUUAGUUUGUAAGCGUAUAAUUAUUUAAAAACUAAUUACAAAAAACCAAAACCUGCCAAGUCUAAAAGACAUUGAAAGUAUAUGAGAAAAGAAAACAUAAAAUUGUGCCAUUCUAUUUUACCACCGUUUAGCAAUCAUACAGUUCAGAAACAACAAUACAUCGCAGGUGACUGCUGCUAUUGUAGUUUUAGUAGUAUUUCAAAACCCUGAAAUCCUGAUGAUCGUAAAUAUUGUGGUUGACUAAAUUUAUGAUAACUAAGUAUUAUUGUUGGUAGAGCAAAUAUUUCAGUGGGCGCUAACCAUUGCGAGUCACCAACAAAUCACAAACGAAACUAUGUUUUCUAAUUGAAUUCCGAAUGUUUUUGAAAAUAUUUUCGAAUUGAAAUUCGAAAGUUUUUUGAAAACAUGUUUGUGAUUGGUUGGUCAAAACGAUUAACGCCAACCAACAGUUUAGUCUUUGUCAUUUCUAUGGGGUUACGUUAAUAAUAUUUUAAUAACAAGAUUGUAUUCAUGACUGUCUUUUGUAUGCCGUAAGGUAGAAUUUGGCAGAACCUAACAUUAGUAUUAAGAUCCGUAAACUAACCCAAAGCAAUAAAGAUGAAUUGAAUUGAAUUGUUGAAAUUAAUAUAGCGCUCUCUCCGUCUAAUUUCUUUCCUCGGAUUUUAGUACGUUUAUUUCUGAACUGGAUGAUUGCUAAGCUGUGAUUUUACUCAACAGCGUCAACUUUUGACCUAUUUAUAAUUAAAUGUAUUUUAAAACGUUUUUAGUUAAGGAUAAUGUCCAACUAUUAAGGCAACUUUGGAGCGAACGCCCAACUCUGUGAUGUUUUAAACUUUUAAAAAUAACUAUGUAAGUAACAGAUUUUUGUCUGUCUUUUUAUAUUUAAGGUGAAUUAUCACAUUACUGUUA